AUGAGGGUACCAUUCCCUCUCUCAUUACGUGUCGGCACAGAUAUUAUUGCCACCAAUAGAAUCUUGUGUCCUCUGAACCCGGAUUACAAGCGACUAACUAGACUGGCCGCACGUUUCCUACACCCCAAAGAGCUUGACGACCUAGCGCGGCGAUUCCCCAGGUGGAAUGACUCACAAGUACACGAUGGGCCAAAGAGACACCAGCUUGCUGCCUGGCUGGCCGGUCGCUGGGCGGCCAAAGAAGCAGCUAAGAAGGCCUGGGAUGCUACUCUGCUUGGGUUCCGCGAUCUACGAGUCGAGCCCGAAGCCGGAGGCCGCGUCCAAAUGAUCUGCGAUAUACGCCUGGAACAAGAUUCGGCUCAAAUUAACCGUACUACUAUUACUGAACAGGCCGCGCAACUCAGCAUCAGCCACGACGGCGAUUAUACCAUUGCAACGGUCAUGGCGACACCACUCCAUCAGGACAUUUCGGCCGAGCUCUCGCGCAGAAAGGCCGAGGCUGAAGCGAGGCUGCUUAAAUAA